AUGUCACUUGACAUUCAAAGGGGUUUCANAGGUACUCUUGGAGGUAACGGUGUUGGAGACGGAGAUGGUGGAUAUUGGGUUACGCCAAGAGGAAAUGGUGACGAAGAUGGCGGCAACAAGGGUGGAUAUUUCGGCAGGCUAGGAGGCAACGGUGUUGGAGAUGGCGAUGGUGGAGAUUUGGGUAGGUUAGGAGAUGAUGGUGAUGGAGAAGGUGAGGAUGAGGGUGAAGUGUUUAAUGGGUUAAUAGGCAACAGCGAUGGAGAUGGUGAGCGUGGAGAUGGGGAUACUCCUGGAGGCAAUGGUUGGGUUGUGCCACGAGGUGUUGGUGAUGGAGAUGGAGAUGGUGAGGGUGGAGAUUUGGGUAGAUUAGAAGGCGGUUGUGAUGGAACUGGUGAUGGCAAGGGUGAAGAUUUUGGUGGGUUAGGAGGUAUUGAUGAUGGAGAUGGUGGAGAUUGUGAUACACCAAGAGGUGAUGGUGAUGGGGAUGGUGACGGCGAAGGUGGAGAUUUAGGNUAA